AUGGCAGCAGCUGCUGGAUUCGCACCUGCAGAAUUUUGGGCGCAUGUGCGACCUCGCAGAAGCGAGGAUUUCGUCACACAAGCAAGCUGGGCAGAGCUGGAGGAAGGUCGUAGACACGGACAGCCUUCCACGCCUGUGCAAUCGCAGGUGCGAUAUUUGCUAAGCAGAAGCGACGAGGCAACGCAGAAGCGGAAAUGCUGUGCACCUGCGAUCAGCGCAGAAGCGGAAAUGACUCCACAGGGGUUUGUGCAAAGCCAUUUUGACUAUUCUUUGUUCACAAGAAGGCAAGGAACCAGCAUAGUGAUCAUACUUAUAUAUGUAGAUGAUAUGCUCAUAACUGGCAAUGAUUUGAAGUUAAUGGAGGAAACUAAAGAGAGACUGCAUCAGUCUUUCAAAAUCAAAGACCUGGGAGAGUUGAAACACUUUCUAGGUAUUGAAUUCUGCAGAUCAUACAAAGGGAUACUAAUGAAUCAGAGGAAGUAUAGUUUAGAAUUAAUAUCUGACUUGGGUUUGAGUGCUGCAAAACCAAGGUGGACCCCUUUGGAUUAUAAUCAGAAAUUUACAACAAAGGAGUUUGAUGAUCAUACAGGAGUAGAAGAUGAUGAACCAUUGACUAACAGGGAAAGAUAUCAGAAGCUAGUGGGAAAGCUUUUGUAUUUGACCUUGACAAGGUUGGAUAUUGCUUUUGCUGUUCAAACACUUAGCCAGUUCAUGCACAGCCCUAAGAAAUCACAUUGGGAAGCAGCAAUCAAGGUAGUGAGAUAUGUGAAAAGGGAACCAGGUCUUGGGAUUAUGAUGAGCAGCAGUAAGAAGAAUACUCUAACUGCAUUUUAUGAUGCAGAUUGGGCUUUAUGUCCAAGUAUUAGAAGAUCAAUGAGAGGGUUCAUCAUUAAGCAUGGGGACUCACUAAUAUCCUGGAAGUCAAAGAAACAGAGUACAAUGUCUAGAAGCUCAGCUGAAGCAGAAUAUAGAAGCAUGGCUUCAGUGAUAACAGAGCUGGUGUGGCUGACAGGUUUGCUCAAGGAGCUUGGUGCAGAAGUAGAGUUGUCUGUUGCCUUAUACUGUGAUAGCAAAUUUGCUUUGCAGAUAGCAGCAAAUCCAGUUUAUCAUGAGAGAACAAAGCAUAUUGAAAUAGACUGUCAUUUCAUAAAGGAGAAAAUUCAAAUGGGGAUGGUUAAAACAAUGCACAUAUGCUCCAAUGACCAAUUGGCUGACGUACUAACGAAACGAUUGGCAAGGUCACAACAUGAGCAUUUGAUGUAUAAGCUGGGAGUGCUCAAUGUGUAUGCACCUACCACCUUGAGGGGGAGCUUAGCUGUUGAUUAUUCUACUUCAAAUCAUUAUAAAUUGGUAAUAGUCGGGAAGCAGGCUGAGCAAGAAGGGUAUAAAUUUUAUGCAUUUUCAUCGGAGCGAUCUGGCGUGUGGCAUGAAUUCCAAUUGGGGAUCAACUUGGGCAAUAGUUUCAGCUAUUUGGUUGUCAGUAGUAAACCCGUUUACGUGAAUGAUUCCUUGCAUUGGCUCAGAGAUGAUGGUCGAGUUCUUGCUUUCGAUACAAAGAGAGACCAAGCUACAAUUCUUGACCUUCCUGAGUUCAUCAAUUAUCACGAUCCCAUCUGGUACAAAUCUUAUACUGGUUUUACAUGGUUAGGGGUGGCACAAGGUUUACUUACUCUUGUUUGCGUUUUCAAGAAAUCUAUAAUCAUUGCUACUUAUGAUUAUGUGCUUUUCUUAGUAGAUCGUAGCCCGAAAUAUUAUCAUGAAUAUUUGUACGAGUAUGAUUCCGAGACCAAUAGGUAUAAAAUAGCAGCUUUUUUGGACAAAGAAUAUGCAAUUAAUUACUGUCGCCUAUGUUCCUUCGAACCAACGUUAGCCGGUGUCCAUAAGACACUUCCAGGCACGGUCCACACGGAACAUAUGUCAGCUAUUACUCCAACGUUGGAUCAGCUCAAACGAUUUAUUACUGAAGUUCUUCAAUGGUGCGAGCCCGGGAUCGAAGGCAGGCAUUUCAUUAAGACAUUACUGAGUCCGGGAUCACUCUCCUUACUG